GCGCUUUCAAGUGCCGAGAAACAUCGCCUCGUCACUCUCCGACACUGGCCCAUCGACUGCACCUUAGGACCAUGUCGGCGCCAACUCCAGCACCUGCCGGGCACUCGAGCACCGCGGAGUACGUUGCACAAGAGCGAUUCCACCGACGCUUCGUGCUCCCGGCCACAGAGGACCACUGCGAGCUCCAAGUCAGCUACGCGGACGUGGGACACUCUCCGAAUCAGGGCGGGGGUGUCACCCAGCCGCCGGCGGUGCUUUUCAUUCCCGGAAUGUUCGGAACGCGCUAUCUGAGCGUCUGGAUGCAUGCGAUAGCGGAAAAGCUGGGAGUUCGGGUUCUGGUGGUGGAUAGGCCAGGCAUGGGCCAUUCAACUGACGUGCCACUUGCACAGCGAUUGAAUACUUGGAUCGAGGUCGUUCCCCGCCUCCUUGAACAUUUACAGAUAAAUCAUGUCGCGUUGGCCGCUCACAGUGCGGGCACAAUAUAUCUCCUGAACACUCUUACUCGCUGUCGUGGCAUCCUUGAUCCGAAUAGGCCAUUUAUUGCCCUAAUAGCACCAUGGGUCGAUCCAUCUCAUUCGCAAGUUAUGACCAUGCAGAUGGUCCAGAGACUGCCCGCCGGCAUAUUUCAAUUAUGGCAUCGCAUGCCCAAGGUCGCAUCGGACUUUGAGGCAGUGUUUGCGAAAGCCACGAAACUACUUCCCUCCAGCAGCGGUCUUAGCUCAGGGAAGUCACCACUGACAGAGAGAGACCAGCAGAGAAGAGAGGCUGAGUAUGGUAUGCCUAGUGGGCUGCUGAAGGAGCUACCAAACGUAGCUUCCAGCUCCAUGCUCAGUGAGAACUUGGUGGGCGCGGAUAGUGAGGCACUUUAUUGUGUCAGAAAGGGGCCUGUUGGGUUUUGGGGCGAGUGCGAUGACUACGCGCUCUUCGUUAGGAAGCUCUCCGAACUGGAGAGGAGCCGGCGAGUAGACCAAGGCUGUGGCGAUAGCCAAAGGCUGAGGAUCAGCGCCUACUUCGCCGAGACUGAUGACAUGAUCGGAAAGAAAGGUCAAAAGUACAUGGAGGAUUGUUGGAGAGGAAGUGGAGGCGAUGAAUUUCGGGAUGUCCUAGAUUUUACGACCACGACGGUCAGCGAGACAGAUCACGACACCGUGGUGACAUGUGUCGAGGUUCUGGAGCAGAUAUUCCGCAGCGUUGUGAGUACUGCGCCGGCUGGCCACUAAAUUGGAGCUAUCAGUAUA